UUAAGGUUGAAUUUCCUCAGCCGCCGCUCGUCCCCCGUGCCAUUGGAAAUGCGAAUGUAAUGCGCCAUGGAAGGCGAGGUUUCGUUGCCAUGGAGUCAAGGGCAAUGUCAAGUCUUUCUCAAAUGGCGGACCUUCUCCUGGUCGCCUCCCUCACCAAAACCCUAUCGGAGUCCGGUACUCGAACCCUCCAACACCAUUCUCAUUCACUUCCUCUAUCGGAGCCUCUCCUCCUCCAAAUCCUCCGUUCCAGAUCCCUUCACCCUUCCAAGAAGCUCGAAUUCUUCACGUGGUGCUCUCUCAGCCCCAAUUACAAGCAUUCCGCCUCCACAUACUCUCGAAUUUUGCACAUCCUCUGCCGCGCAGGUUACCUCCACGAGGUUCCCCUUCUACUCUCAUCCAUGAAGCGAGACGGCGUUGCUGUUGAUUCUCACACUUUCAAGCUCCUUCUCGAUGCCUUUAUCGGGUCCGGUAAAUUCGACGCUGCUCUCGAAAUUUUGGACCACAUGGAAGAGUUGGGAACUGGGUUGGAACUCCACACGUACAACUCUCUUCUUCUCGCUCUGGUCCGUAAAAACCAGGUGGGUUUGGCCUUGUCCAUUUUCCUUAAGCUUUUCGAUGCUUUCUAUAAUGGCGGGCAUGUUGGUACUGUUGCUGAUAGUAUUUCCUUCUUGCCCAGUUCACUUGCUUGUAAUGAAUUAUUGGUUGCUCUCAGGAGAGCUGACAUGAGAAUAGAGUUCAAAAAAGUAUUUGAUAAGCUUAGAGAAAUUAGAGGCUUUGAGUUCAACAUCUGUGGAUAUAAUAUAUGUAUUCAUGCUUUUGGAUGUUGGGGUUAUCUGGAUACUUCUCUUGCUUUGUUCAAAGAAAUGAAGCAAAAGAGUUCAGUUUCUCAGUCUUUUGGUCCGGAUUUGUGCACAUAUAAUAGCCUUAUUCACGUGCUCUGUUUGGUAGGAAGGGUGAAGGAUGCACUUAUUGUGUGGGAGGAGUUAAAAGGAUCAGGUCAUGAACCCGAUGCCUUCACAUAUCGCUUAAUUAUUCAGGGUUGCUGUAAGUCUUACCGAAUGGAUGAUGCCACCAUGAUUUUUAAUGAAAUGGAGUACAAUGGAUUUACGCUGGAUACCAUUGUUUAUAAUUCUCUCCUUGAUGGGUUAUUCAAGGCUCGGAAAGUUGUCGAAGGAUGUCAACUUUUUGAUAAAAUGGUGCAGGAAGGUGUAAGAGCUUCUCCUUGGACAUACAAUAUUCUAAUUGAUGGAUUGUUUAGGAAUGGAAGAGCUGCAGCUGGUUACUCUUUAUUCUGUGAUUUGAAGAAAAAGGGUCAAUUUGUGGAUGGUGUUACCUACAGCAUCGUUGUUCUGCAACUGUGUAAAGAGGGACUGCUUGAGGAAGCGAUACAAUCGGUUGAAGAAAUGGAAGUGAGAGGCUUCAUUGUUGAUCUAAUUACUGUAUCAUCUCUGUUGAUUGGAAUGCACAAGCAAGGCCGGUGGGAUGGGUUAGAGAGGCUCAUGAAGCACAUUAGAGAAGGUGAUCUGGUCCCCAAUGUUCUCAAAUGGAAGGCCAACAUGGAGGAUUCAGUGAAAUAUCAGCAGAAUAAAAGGAAAGACUACUCAACUUUAUUCUCCCCAAAGGAAGAUUUGAAUGAGAUUAUAAGUUCAAGAGCUUCUUCUGUUAUGAAAGUUGAUAUCAAUGGUAUUUUCAUAAACACAGAAGAAAAUUGGUCAGAAUCCCCACAUGUGGAUCUUUUGGCUAACCUUGCAAGGUCCACAAGCCAUUCUUCGCAACCAUUCUCUCUAGCUCAGGGACGACGGGUUCAAGCAAAAGGAGCCAACUCCUUCGAUAUUGAUAUGGUCAAUACAUUUUUGUCUAUUUUUCUGGCAAAAGGAAAAUUGAGCUUAGCAUGCAAGUUGUUUGAGAUCUUCAGUGAUAUGGGUGUGAGCCCAGUGAGGUACACUUACAAUUCAAUGUUAAGUUCAUUUGUGAAGAAGGGAUAUUUUCACCAAGCAUGGGGUAUAUUUAACGAAAUGGGCGAGAAGGUUUGUCCAGCCGAUAUAGCGACAUACAACAUGAUAAUUCAAGGACUUGGGAAGAUGGGUAGAGCGGAUCUUGCUAGUUCUGUUCUGGAUAAGCUCAUGGAGCAGGGUGGCUAUCUCGAUAUUGUUAUGUACAAUACAUUAAUUAAUGCGCUGGGGAAGGCAGGCCGAAUGGAUGAAGUAAAUAAGCUGUUUCAGCAGAUGAGGAGCAGUGGGAUAAAUCCAGAUGUUGUUACUUUUAAUACACUUAUUGAAGUUCACAGCAAAGCAGGUCGGUUUAAGGAUGCUUACAAAUUUUUGAAGAUGAUGCUGGAUUCAGGCUGUGCCCCAAAUCAUGUAACCGAUACAACUUUGGAUUUUCUAGGAAGGGAAAUUGAGAAAAUGAGGUAUGAAAAAGCUUCAAUCAUCCGUGACAAAAACAGUCCUUGAAUUUUCUGUUUAAGAUUGGAUUGAUUGUAUAAAUUGCAAUUUGUUUCUAGUGGAAGACAGUACAGGAAUAGAAAAAAGGGGGAAAGUAAGAUCAGAAUAUGAUCAUUUAUUGACUGGUAAUGUUGUAUAUCAACGUUCUUAAGCUGUUUGACGCCAACAUUUUCAGUAUUUGAUAAUUUUAGAAGAAAAGAAUACCCAAAAUCGCCACCAAAAAGAAGGCGCUCAGUUUGGCAGCAACAUUUCGGAUUUUGACAAAAUUUCUCUCCCUUGCUCGUCUACCAGUUCUUCCCACCAACUUUGUAGUUUCUCUUUCUCUCGAUGCUCCCAUUGGAGUUCUCUCUAAAUUUGUCACAGUAAAGCUUUGUCUGAAAUAGAUUGCCUCGCCAAUGACAAAGACGGUGAUGCAGAACCAAACGUGGCCAGUAAGGUUUCCACUCGAAAAGUUCAGAAUCGUCAAAUGCCAUCAAAAGGCACAAGUUGCUGAUCGUACACCCUUGCCACUUUCUCUACCACACUGGAUGUCUCCAGCCACAGCCGAGCACAGUUCUGCAAGAGAUCAUGAUUCAUGAAUCUCCACCACGAACUUUCCCCAUGGCCGCCACUGAAGAAUCUCAUAAACAGAGCAUUGUAGCAGAGAGCUUUUUAUUCCAAUAAUGGAGGCGAAAUCUGGAGAACAACCCUCGAGAACAGAGGAUAGCCUUUGCUUGGCUCUGGUGUUGUGUUAUCCAGAGCUCUGAGUUUUGAGUUGUAUGCUGAGGAAGUGAGGAUGAGGUAUUUGAUGGGGUCGCAGUUGAUGAUUUUGGAGCUUCAAUGUGAAGUUUAAGUGAAAGGAACUCAAGGCAAGUUCUGUGAUUUGUGGGUUGGCAGGUUGGCAGGGAGCAUUUGGUUGAGGUUUGUGAUUGCUACACAUGUUUCUGAUGAGGAUUGGGCCUUUGGGGCCAUUUAGGAUUCUGAGAGCCAAUGCCAAGGUAAUUUGAUCUCUCUUUACAUCCUCUAUAUUUCAUGUUUGUAUGAUUUUUAUCAUUUUAUGCUUGUUUUCUGGUUCUUUUCUGGUUCUGCGUGCUUGUAGCCCCAAGAAGUGCAUAAGGAUCUUGGGUUGAACUGUAGCUAGAAAAGCUGAGGUAUUUUCUCUUUAGCUGUCCAUGAAGACUCACUUUCGCUACGGCUCUGGUGGUACAUGAGUUUAUUAGUUCAUAGUUAAGAUUUCAGACAAGCCAAUGGGACUAUCCUCAGCCUGAUCUAUUCGCUCCAGAGAGACAGGCAUGCACAAGUCCAAAAGGAAAGGCUCAGUGAAGUCAAUGUCUUGUCAGCCGUAAAGCUGAACUUAGAGUUUGUAGAAACAAAAGACAUAAUUCAUUUAAAUGGUGAAUAUAUAAAUUCUAUUCA